ACAACACCCCGACUUGGUCUAUGCUCCACCACCACGAGAUCCGAGGCAUGGGCGACCGACUGUCGGCAGCGCGGGACCUUUGCAUCGGCUCGAGCUACGACGAAGGGAUUAACAUGUACCGGGACGUCCUCACCCAGCUUAAACCUGCGAUCAAGCGAGUGUCACAGGGAAAGGAACGGCAAGAUUGGUUGCAAGUCCAAAGCGAUUUGGAAAGCGAACUGGGGGCCAUGAUGGACUACGUGGACGCCCUGCACACCCUGAAACAGAACGCGCCAGUUCAAAAAAGCCAAAGGCCACGCUCCAGUACGCCAGCCGACCGCCCCAAGUCUGGCAACCGAUGGCAGGGCGUGGACAACAAACGGGGAGAUGUACUUACGCCACGCACUAUGACUUGGCUGGUCUUGACUUCUUGACGACCAUAUGGCAGGACCAAGGGGGGGCUGCCGACCCCGACGUGUGGGCCCCCCCGUCCCCCGACGCCGGCCGAGGUCGACGAGGAGGCCCCGCAGCUGCUGCCGCCCCCAACUGGGCUGACAAGCAGAAAUACAAUAACAAUCAUCGCGUCAAAGCAACGCCGCCUGCCCGAUUGGCGAACCGCGCCCCUCCACCCGAAAAAGCAAACUACUUGGACCACCGCAAGCAAUCAGCCCCAGCAGCGGCGGCAAAUGGUCGACCUGGCCCGACGCCUCGCAAGAGCAGCGCCCCCACCGGCGGCCAGCAAGGCACCCCCUCCAAAGACAAGCUCAAAAAAGCCGCGGACGGCGAAAAGCCCAAGUACUCGGAGGUGGCGCGCGAGCAAGGCUGGUGCGACGUCGAGCUCAUCGAAGGCAUCGAGCGCGACAUCGUAGACACGGGGCCCAAGAUCACGUUCGACGACAUCGCAGGGCUCGAGCACACCAAGGAACUGCUCCAGGAAGCGGUGAUGCUCCCCCAGAUCGCCCCCCAUCUCUUCAAAGAUGGCCGGUUGAAGCCGUGCAAUGGCGUGCUGAUGUUUGGUCCCCCUGGCACGGGCAAGACGCUGCUGGCCAAGGCGGUCGCAAACGUGUGCAACAGCACGUUCUUCAACGUGUCGGCGUCGACGCUAGCGUCCAAGUACCGCGGCGAGUCGGAGAAAAUGGUGCGCAUUUUGUUUGAAAUGGCGCGGUACUACUCGCCUGCGAUCAUCUUUAUGGACGAAAUCGACGCGAUUGCCGGCGCCCGCGGCGGCGCCGAAGAGCACGAGUCGUCUCGACGGGUCAAGACGGAGCUGCUCGUUCAAAUCAACGGCGUCGGGUCGGGCGAGAAGUCGGACGUGGAAAACAAUCGCGUGAUGGUGCUGGCGGCCACCAACCUGCCGUGGCAGAUUGACGAAGCCAUGCGCCGCCGCCUCACCAAGCGCGUGUACAUCCCGCUCCCAGACGUCAACGGGCGCCGGGCGCUGUUCAAUUUGAACCUCAAACGGGUGGACGUGGCGCCAGACGUCGACUACGACCGUCUGGCCACCCAAACCGAGGGAUACAGUGGCGACGACAUUUGCGGCGUGUGCGAGACAGGUACAGAGGGAGAGGGGGAGAGAGAGGGAGUGGUGUAGUUGUCUUGUUAUGGGCAACCAUCAUUUGGUGAACAUUGAUUGGGUGUAGCCAAGAUGUUUCCUGUCAAGCGCUUGUACACUCCAGAGUUUAUGAAGGAGUUGGCGUUGAAGAAGACGCAAGGGUUUGGUGACGACGAGAUUCGAGCGAUGGAGAAGAACGGGCUGGUCGUGACCAUGAACGACAUCGUGAUGGCUCUCGAGAACGUGUCCAAGUCGGUGGGGCAGGACCAGCUGGUGCGCUUUCAAAAGUGGGAAGAAGAGUUUGGUUCAAAGUAGCCACAUUUACAAGUUGGCAGGGUACAACAUCACUCAAAAUCAUCAUGUUGUUGUGCAUCAAACGUCCCCCUUUUGCAUUUUAAUUUGAACCAAAUGCGUCAUGAUGUCCAA